AUGAAUCGUAUGAGUGUUUCCAUGAGGACUGACAAUGAUCCAUUUUUGUUGGACAAUAAUGAGAAGAAUACCGAUCACAAAAAGUUGGCUGGCCUAGUGGUGGUGAUAUUGCUUGUUGGUGCUAUAGCAGGUGUUAUUUACCUCGGUAUCACUCUCGCAUCACGUGUCGACGAUGCAGACCCUAUCGAUAAUGGCUAUUACACGUAUAGGGAGGCAACAGUUGCGUCUGAUGCACCCCGCUGCUCGGAGAUGGGAAGAAACGUGUUAUUGAAUAAAGGAAGUGCAAUUGAUGCCGCCAUCACUUCGCUACUUUGUGUGGGGAUGUACAAUAUGCAAAGUGCCGGACUGGGAGGGGGAAACUUCAUUCUCUUCUACGACAGGGAACAAGAAACGCCCUACUUCAUCGAUGCUCGGGAGAGGGCGCCAGCCGCUUCGCAUCGCGACAUGUACCAGAACGAGUCGGAGGACGCCUCAUCAUUUGGACCGCUUGCCAUCGGUGUACCGGGUGAGAUCAAGGGGUUCUGGGAGGCCCACCGAAGCUUCGGGAAAAGACCGUGGAGGGAACUGCUCCAGCCUGUAAUUGAGCUCGCUGAAGAGGGUUUUGAAAUUGGUCAGCCCUUACACGAGGCAAUGGAUCAGUACCAAGAUAUCAUUACGAACGAUCCAAGCCUGAGUGAAAUAUUGACAGAUGGAAGCGGAAACAUCCUACAAGAGGGCGAUAUUGUAUACCGCCCCAAACUGGCCAAUACACUCCGAAUAAUAGCCGAGAGUGGGGCUGAUGUAUUCUACACAGGCAACAUUGCAAGAGACAUAGCUUCCGAAAUAGCAGGCAGAGGUGGUCUGAUCACGGAGGAGGAUUUGGCAGAUUACCAAGUGGAACGAAGGGAACCGUUGAUUGUGACAAUAAAUAACAUGCGUGCUUUCUCUGGUCCCCCACCCAGUAGUGGCGCUGUCUACUCACUCAUCAUGAAUAUACUUGAAGGAUACGGAUUUAAUUCUAGGACGAUGCAGUCGGUUGAGGGAGAAAUCCUAGCAUAUCAUCGGAUCAUUGAAGCUUUCAAGUUCGCUUAUGGCAAGAGGAGUGCUUUAGGAGAUUCAAGUUUUGUUAAUUUAACAGAGCUGGUGAGAAACAUGACUGAUCAGCCAUACGCCGAUGACUUCCGAACUAGAAUCGACGACGACCGGACACACAAUUAUACGUAUUACGAACCCGAGUUCCAACUGGUAGAAGACAGCGGCACUACCCAUAUAUCGAUCGUCGACCAGUACGGCAACGCAGCUGCGAUUACGAGUACCAUCAAUACUUUAUUUGGGUCCAAAGUCCGCGGAGAAAAGACAGGAAUCCUUUACAACAAUGAGAUGGAUGACUUCUCCAAGCCAGGAGAAAACAAUGUAUACGGUGUUCCUCCCUCGCCGUCGAACUACAUAGAACCGGGAAAACGUCCGAUGUCAUCGAUGACGCCUCUGAUCGUGGUCGACAGGGAAGGUGACGUCAGACUUGUUGCAGGUGCAUCGGGAGGGCCAAGGAUAACCCUGGCUGCCAGUUUGGUGAGCGUUGAAAACCUUUGGUUCGGUUCAAGUAUCCGCGAUGCUAUUGAGCGAAAACGGAUAUACCAUCAAUUAAUACCCGAACAGCCGUACUAUGAAGAAGGCUUUCCUCAGGAAAUCAUAGAUGGUCUCUCAGAGAAAGGUCAUCAACCGGUGGUGUCUGGGAGGUCAGCUGUGGUCCAAGGCAUUGAACGCCUUGAUGAUGGUUGGUUACGAGCUCAUUGUGAUACAAGGAAAGGCGGUCGACCUUCUGGAUUCUAAUUGAUCACGCCCUAAUUCAUGGCCACGCCCAUGGCGAUCGAACUGUCAUUUUUUUAACCAUUUGACCAGGGGAGCGGUUCAUUACAUUUUCGUCCGACAAGUUUUCAGAUCUGUUCCCGUGAAUUUGAUUGGCUAAGAACCACUGUUACUAUGGUAACUGUCGGAUAAAACAGGACAUGUCGUUUGAAACGUCUGACAAGUCUUUUCAUAAAACCCUCCCCAUGAAUUCACCCAUAGCCGUAGUUCGAUUGGCCAACUGAGACAUUACCAUUCAUGUGCAUGGUUUCCUUUUUUUUAUCAGAUACAUGUUCUUUGUCAUUCCUGUAUUAUUAUAUAUUUUAUACCUUUAUUUUUAAGCUCAGAAAAUUAAUAGAUCGAAGUCAAAGAUCUGUUGCCAGAGAGUUGCGUUCGACUAGUAAGAAGCAACACAAAUCAAACGCAAGUCCCAAAUUAUGCGCGCAUCUGAUUGGUUGAAAAUCAAAUUACGUUUGAUAACAUGUUUUCCUGCAACCGGGUCAUAUUCUAUACCUAAAAAGCACAAAGUCUAUUUAAUUAUGGUAUCUGUUAUUAUUAGUUGGUAUUUGUCAGUGAAUGAUAACCGGUCAUCAUGGUCAUUGAUGACAUAUUUCAUGGAAUAGUGACCGACGGGUAUUUUAUGAAAGUUUGAAAAUGAUUUUAAAAUCGAUCGGGUAAGGGGCCGGUUGAAUGAAAAUUUGGAAGAAAAAAAAUCAAGUGCAAGUCCCAAAUUGGCAUAUUUCAUUGGGUAAAAAUCAAGUUACGUUAGAAUUUGGAUUUGCAUUUGAUCGCAACUCUUUUUUUUGUAACCGACCCCUGUUUCUAGGUAUUUUUUUAAAGGAUGUUUUCAUUGAAUUCUCUCAAAUCAAAAUACAAAUUCCAUAAACAAGUUUUACAAAUUAUUUGAAACACGACUAUGAAUUAUACACUAAAUCCAUAUCUCGUAUAAUUAUACAAAUUAUACAUCAAACUUCAAAUAUACUGGAAAUGCGUUUCAACAAUUACAAAAGGAAAUAUUAACGAGAUGUAUUAAAUGACAAGAGAGAAAUAUCAAAGCAAACUUCGAUAUUAAAAUCCUGUUUCACGCAUUACCUAAUAGGGUGUUAAAAGAAACUUGCGAUUGAUCGCAAGUCAAUUUUAGGUCAUACAAAUCAAUUGAAAGUCAUGCGUUUCAUUGCAAAUUUGCAAUUGAUUGACGGUCUGCUUCUUGUGUAAACAUGUAAUUUCUUUGCUCCAGUUAAAAUUUAUCUAUCUCUUAAAAAUUUUCAUCUGAAAUUUGCAACUGAUUGCAAAUUUCAGAUUGAUUGCAAAUCAGAUUUACGGCUUAAAGGUCUAUUUCAGUUAAUGAAACACAGCCAGAUAUCAUGUGAAUCUAUUCACUAUUUUUGUUCUCACGUGUAUUUCUGAAUUUCCCAGGCCCUUUAAUAAUUUUGCUUUAAUGGCUAUAUAGGUUCAUAUACGGUUCAUACAACUCAACAAAGUGCAAGUAUGUAUGCCUACUCUUAUUUUAUAGAAAAGGUAUUAUUAAUUACUUUUCUCGUCGAUGAUAAAGAUGAUGAUGAUGAUGAUGAUAAUGGCGAUUAUGGUGAUUUUAUUUGAUUAUUCUAUUUGAACCCGGUAAAAUAGUCCUCGAUCAGCCAAUGGCUGGUUUUCAGAGAGGCCGUGCAAUAUACAAACAAUACAAAGAAUAAUAAAUCAGUAUAAAAUAAACUAAGUAAGACAAAAACCUUACAUAAAGUGUGUCCCACAAAAAACAAAACCGAGUUUUAUCGAUGAUUUUACAAUAGACAAAUGACCUACCAUUGUAAAGCUUAGAAUCUCCUCUUUCAUCUGAAAUUACUUAGAUUAUUUCUCAUUCACGCAUGAGUGAGCAAAAACAAUUUGAAGAGGGGAUACCAAAAAGUCAUUUGGCGGGCUGUAUCUGGGUUUCAAAGAGAAAACCACAUUUUUAGAAAGGUCAAUAUCUGCUCUUUAAUUUGAUACCUCAAAUACUGAAAAUGGUCAAGAAUUAACAAAGUUCUGGUUAUUUGAAAUAAUAUACCAUCAAUUAAUACCCGAACAGCCGUACUAUGAAGAAGGCUUUCCUCAGGCAAGUUUAAAUAAUUAUUCUUUUGGUUUUGACAAGUAGCAAUGUCAAGUAAAUCAAAAUAAACUUUAGUUUUGAGUUAGUGAGUUUCAUUUCGAAUGUACAGAAAUACUGCAUCUUAAAAAUUAAAUCUACAUAAUUAAUCAAGGACAAA